AUGGAAAAGUUGUAUCAUUAUCAGAAAACUGAGAAUUUAUUUCUUCAAAAGAAACUUCAAAACAUUGUAGCGCACAAAAACAGGGAAAAGAAUGGUGCUUUGUGUUAUGCAGAGCUUGGAACAAGAAUUACCAAGUCUGGAGGACAUUAUAUCUACAUUUUGGAGACACUAGGGCCUCUGCCAAGUUUCUUAUUCCUGUGGGCAGAGUUUUUUGCUAUCAGGCCUGCCAACAGUGCUGUGGUUUCUCUGGCAUUUGGACGCUACAUGCUAGAGCCAUUUUUUACCCCUUGUGCAGCCCCGGUCUCUGCUGUGAAGCUCGUGUCUCUCCUGGGGUACUACACGGUCCUCACCCUCAAUUCCUGGAGCGUCACCUGGAGCGCCCGGCUACAGACGGCUCUCUCCAUUGUCAAACUCCUGGCGCUUGCGCUCAUCAUCGUGCCAGGGAUGAUGCUGCUGGCCCAGGGGCACACUGAAAACUUCCAGGACGCUUUUGACAGACAGUCACUGGUUUUGGAUAAGCUGCCCCUGGCUUUUUAUGCAGGCAUGUUCGCAUAUUCAGGCUGGUUUCAGACCAGCUUUGUGCGUGAGGAGUUGAUCAGACCUGAACGAAAUAUCCCCCUGGCUGUCAUCGUGUCUGUGAUCACUGUGAUUGUGGGGUACAUGCUCACCAACGUUUCCUAUUACACGGUCCUGGGAACGCAAGAUGUUCUGGCUUCUCCUGCAGUGGCUGUGAGCUUUGUGCAGCGAGCCUUCAAAAGCCUGAUCUCAGUGGUCCCUGUCCUUGUCGCACUAUCCUGCUUUGGAACCAUGAAUGGAGGAAUCUUCACGUUUUCAAGGACUCUGUUUGUGGCUUCCAGGGAAGGACAGUGGCCUCCGCUCUUCUCCAUGAUCCACAUUCGAAGGCAUACACCCCUCCCCGCUGUCAUGUUAAUGUUCCCUUUGGUUACUGCCAUGGUGUGUAUCGGAGAUAUCUACCAUCUAAUGAACUUCUUCAGCUUUUCCCGAUGGCUCUUCAUAGGAUUAGCCACCCUUGGGCUCAUUGUCCAUCGUCGUCGUCACCCGGAGCUGCACAGCCCGUUCAAGGUUCCCCUGUUCGUUCCUGUCUUUUUUACCAUUAUCUGCCUCUUCACCGUGGCAAUGUCUUUCUACUCAGACCCUGUGAACAUUAGCAUUGGAUGCACCAUGGUUUUAAGUGGUUUUCCAGUCUACUACCUCAUAAUCCAUAGGCAAAUGUCAAAUCGUUGCCGUAGCUCAUUUUAUUAUCUUACACACAAACUACAGUUACUGCUGGAAGUAGUCCAACAAGAAAUCAAGACUUACUGAGAAAAUCAUCAGAACUUACAGAAGAUAAAAUCUACUUACUCUGUUUCUGAUACCUUUGAUCCUACCAAAAGC